ACCUACGACGGCAUGAAGGGCAAUAACUUUGUUCGCUAUGCCAAGAUGUACAAGGGUGUGAGCUUCACCAGCGAGGCGUGCGCUCUCAUCUACCUGGUGGACACAGCCGGGACGCGCACCACAACCGACACUUUCACCGAUCUGACCAAGUACUACACCCUGGCAGUGUUCUAUGACGACUCGUGCCAUGGUCCCUCUUAUAUGGCUGAAGCCCAUGACGUGAUUGCCAAUUCAGCUUACACCUGUACCGAGGAUGGCACUGAGAUCUAUGACAUAAACGGAUUUCGCAUCACCCAGGCAGCCGAUGGCCUGGUGAAGGUCACUCGUGUGGAACACAAGUGCUUGAUUCGCACCAGUCCCGGCAAUGGAUCGGCCACUUUGACCACACCUGGCAUCCAUUGCACUGCCUCUCUGGGCAAGACCUCGCAUCUGUUUGUUCGUCGCAAUGAGAAGCGCAUGCACUUCGAUGGAUCCUGUUUCAUUGUACGCAACGCCGGACACUCCGCCGGCUUCAAUGAGAACAACCUGCUCAUUGUCUACUGAGCGGCGUUCGUAGUCCGGAGAUAGAAACGGUGCAGUGGUAGCCCAUCCCACACGCACACACUCACACAUGUCAACACAUUUCACCUGGAACACAUACAUAGACACCUACAGCAGCACACUUGAGGGACCUUGACGUGGAGAGAGGGACUCAGUUAGGAUCCCGGAAUUUAGGAAUAUCAAAAUCAAUUUGGGAAAUAAGUUAGAAAGCAAAUAUGUUCGUACAAAAACCAGCACCACACCACACCACACACACACACCUCAGCGAAGGAACUCAGCCCAGUCCUAUCUGGGUUCCGAUUGCUCGACAUGGGCGCAACACAACCACCCCACCAACCCCCAGGGAAUACUAGUUGUCUUUCGUUUACCAUUGCCUACAUAUAUAUCAUGCCGUAUAUAUGCGUGUAUUACUAGUUGUUAUUGCAAAUCGGGAGCGCUUUCCUGCUUCCCCAAAUCAGUUGGCCAAAUCAGACCGAUCUCAAGCUGAAGCG